AUGCUGAACCUGAACGUCUUCCGCGUGCUGGCGGAUCUCGCCCAUAUAUCCUCGAAAUGCGUCUUGAUAUGGGCUAUACAUCGGAACCAAAGUGCUGAAGGUGUCUCGCUUCUCACCCAGAUGCUCUACGCCUUGGUGUUCGUCGCUCGAUAUCUUGAUCUGUUCUCGAAGCAGGGAUGGAAAUACUUCUAUCUGGUGUUCUUCAAGCUCUUCUACCUCUUCUCCUCAUUCUACGUCGUAUACCUGAUGAUGAGGGUCUUCCCGCGGACCCGGGAGAAGGAGCGAGCAUGGAAGUUGGCUAUAAUGUCCGUCGGUGUCUCGCUGGUCCUGGCUCCCAUUGCCAUUGCCAUCUUCUAUCGUGGCUAUCCGGACCGCUGGUUCACGGAGACUUGCUGGGCUUUCUCUAUCAUCCUCGAAUCCGUUUGCGUUCUGCCCCAAUUGCUGCUCCUGCGACAGACCACCGUUCCGACCGUCAUCAACUCAUACUACCUGCUCAUGCUGGGCUCCUACCGCGCCUUCUAUAUCCUGAACUGGCUUGUGCGGGGACUGGGCUCUGAGGGCCACUGGGACGCAAUUGCCGAUAUCUUCGGUAUCAUCCAGACGGCAUUCUACAUCGACUUCGCCUGGGUCUAUUACUCCCGCCAGCGCGUGAAGCUCCGCAAUGGAGGGGUUGUUGACUCGGACGACUACCGCCACAGCUGGCUAGUCAGCAAGGUGCUGAACUUUCGGCAGCGCAGAGGGGUGGACGAGGAGCAGAACCUGCAUGACGGGGAUGAUGAGGAGGGAUUAGUCGAGGGAGAGAGACCCGGGAACAAUCGUUGGGGCGCCAGAGGGAUCUCCGUCUCCGCGGAUGACACGUUGGACAAUCGGCGCGCCGAUCCUCACGGAACGGACCCUGACGAGGGUCUAGAAGGGUUCCUGGAAGACGAGGAAGAUGACAGCCCGGAGUGGCAUGCGAACAGCGGAACGCCCCCAAGCGAUCCGCCGAGGCAACAGACAGCCACGAGUGAACGAAUUGCCCUCGCUCAUACCCAGGCCAAAUCCACACCCACCCGCGGACUGCGUAUUCCCGUCCCCGUCCCCGUCACCGUCCCCGUACCAUCGGAUCACUUGCUCAUCCGCAUCGACUCCUUCCAGAAGGAGGGCUGA